AUGCUUAUCCAAAACCUUUGUGACCAAACAUUACAAUCGGCACUUAUGGGCAAUUUUCCAUUUUUGACAUAUUAUUGUAAAGUGAUCGGUUCUGGAAAUCGAUAUUGUGACAAUAUCAAUCGGUAUAUAUUGGCAACGCAGAAUACAAAGCCCAAGGAUUUAAUGUCUCGUCGAUUUGUACGAAGUCUUUAUGAAAAUAAUCAAUUAUAUGAAAAUCAAGAGGAGACGGAUACAGAUAUAGACCUCAAACAAAAAAUGAUUCUACAAAUGUGUCUCACAACUACAGAAAAAAAUGCAGUAGAAACACAUCGGUUUUGUGAUCAAACAUUAAAAGAUAUUCAGCGAGGACGAUACCCUGAAAUUAAACGUCUUUGCAAAUCUUAUCCUGAUUUGAACUAUUGCCAACGUGUUCUGUCAUUUUCAUCGUUAUUCUAUUGGCCAUUAUCAAAAGAAUCGUCAUCUCUUUUAUCAUCAUUACCUUCCACGACACCUAAUAUUUAUCUUUCGUCCGUACCACUAGAAUUCUCAAAAUCGUCUGACAUCAAAUCGAUCAUUGAUCAACCAAGAAUGAAUAAAAACACAAAUAAAUCACCAUUAUCAUAA